UGGGGUCGGGGGAUCCCGGCCCCGGAAGGGGCGCGAGCCCGAUCACACCGGCCUGCGGGGUGGCACUGCGCCCCCAGGGGGCCGGAGGGACCCGGCUGGGGAAGGGGCGCCGGCGCCGGCGGCGAGGCGGUGGGGGCAGUGCUAGGGCCGGCAAGUCCACGUGGCCCACUGCAGUGCCAGCCGGUCGCCCCUCCACCCCGCCCCAGGGCCGGGAGGGUGUCAGCGGAGAUGUCACGGGCGGCGAUUAUUCGCUGGUGCGCGCGGUCGUGCGGCCGCCACUGACGGGGCGGGCGGGGGGACCCGCCGCCUCUGGGGAGACCGCCCAGAGCUGCGCCGUCAGCUCCGCAGCCCGCGCUGGGCGCACACGCGUCGCCGCCCCGCGCGCCCCCCGCAGCAAAGUUCGGCUCAACUUUGCGGCGGGCCUUGAGGCUCUGUCUCUUCCACCUCCCACCAGGUCCUCGGCGGCCGCUCCGGGGCCCCGCGCGGCGGCGGGCGGCGACAGCGACAGCGGCGAGGGGACGCGGCGCGUCCACGUGGGGGCGUUAGCCCGCGCCCGCGAGUGGACGCCGACGGGGACCCGCGCUGCGCCGCGCGCCUCGGGGACACAGCGGGCGGCCCGAGCCUGGCGCUCGCCUCCUGGAAGCCGCGGGUCGGCGCUCGCCCCCCAGGGCGCCGGGACCUCCGCGCUCGAACAGAAACUGCUCUUCCAUUGAUUCGCCCGGACGGGCAGCGGCCGGUGCGCGUGUCCCGAGCGCGUGCGGAAGGCAGAGGGGCAGGAAGUCGGUCUUCUGCGGCGAGGGGGGCGGCACCGCGCAGGGGACGGAGCCUCCCUCACUUAUGUGUCUGCCGCCCUGCGCCGCCGACACCCGAAGACUUCAGGGAGCGUCUCGGAGCCGUGUUCCCCGCGUGUGAGGCACGGAGGGGCUGGAUGUCCAGCAACAUGAUUAUCCAUUAACUUCCGAACUUUUCUUUUUAACCCAAAGAAUAUCGGUGAUUUUUGUCCACUGCUAGCAGCAGAAGAGAGAACCCAGGGCUCUUGAAAUGCAGCAAAAUCCUUAUUUAUAAACAGGCCGAGGUCGUGAUAUGCACGGCCGCUCUGCUCGCUGAAUUUUCUAUCCUAUGGAUAUCGGUCUUGAGCUUUGAGAUUGCAGAGCGGUCCUGUCUGCACUGGGUCCCGCAGCCUCCAUCCUUUCAAUGCCCAGUUUUCUCUGGGACUGCUGGCCUUCUCUGGAGAUCAGAGCGGUACUGUGUGCCAUGGGCUGUAUUCAGAGCAUCGGGGGCAAAGGCAGAGUCUUCCGGGAAGGUAUCACGGUGAUGGACGUGAAGGCCUCCAUUGACCCCAUCCCCACCAGCAUCGACGAGUCCUCCAGCGUGGUGCUGCGCUACCGGACACCCCACUUCCGCGCCUCGGCUCAGGUGGUCUUGCCCCCGAUCCCCAAGAAGGAGACCUGGGUGGUCGGCUGGAUCCAGGCGUGCAGUCACAUGGAGUUCUACAACCAGUAUGGGGACCAGGGCAUGUCCAGCUGGGAGCUCCCCGACCUCCAGGAAGGCAAGAUUGAGGCCAUCAGCGACUCAGACGGGGUGAACUACCCCUGGUACGGCAACACCACGGAGACGUGCACCGUCAUGGGCCCCACCAAGAGAGACUCCAAGUUCAUCAUCAGUAUGAAUGACAACUUUUACCCCAGCGUCACGUGGGCCGUGCCCGUCAGCGAAAGCAACGUGGCCAGACUGACCAACAUCUACCGGAACCAGAGCUUCACCACGUGGCUGGUGGCCAGCAACACCACGACAAACGACAUGAUCGUUCUGCACACGCUGCACUGGCACAUGCAGCUUAGCAUCGAGGUGAACCCGACGCGGCCCCUGGGCCAGCGUGCCAGGCUGCGGGAGCCCGUCACCCAGGACCAGCCCAAAAUCCUGAGCAAGAACGAGCCGAUCCCGCCCAACGCCCUGGUCAAGCCCAACGCCAACGACGCUCAGGUCCUCAUGUGGCGGCCCAAGUACGGGCUGCCGCUGGUGGUGAUCCCGCCCAAGCACUGGUGACGGCCAGGGCGCCCCGCUAGGUUAGACUCAAAUAAUAAUUCUGCUCCAACAAAACCCACGCGGACUCUCAGUCAUUCAGCGAAACACAACCACUCUACCUGCUCCGGCGGGCGGCCCUCACUGUGCGAAUGCCCCCCGGGAGGGCCUCCCCGCCCCUCCGAGGACCCUGCUUCUUGGCGGGGAGGGGGAGACCCAGCCGGGACAGACCAGCCCCACGUGCGCCCUUCAGUGUCACCUUGGGUCUCCCUCCCUCUCCUUUCUCACAAUUUCAGCCAUUCUCUUGCAACAGA